GGCAUGGCCGGGGAGCGGGGCCCCCGCGGCGGGGGCAGGGUGCCGUAGGGUGCCGCAGGGUGCCGCAGCCCGUCCGCUGCCGCCCCUCCCGCGGCUCCAUCCCGGCCGUGCCGGCGCAGCCAUGGGGCACCCGCCGCUGGAGUUCAGCGACUGCUACCUGGACAGCCCCGACUUCAGAGAGCGGCUGAAAUGCUACGAGCAGGAGCUGGAGCGCACCAACAAGUUCAUCAAGGACGUGAUCAAGGACGGCAACGCGCUGAUCGCCGCCAUCCGCAGUUACUCCUCGGCAGUACAGAAGUUCUCCCAGACUCUGCAGUCCUUUCAGUUUGAUUUUAUUGGUGACACCCUAACAGAUGACGAGAUUAAUAUUGCUGAGUCCUUCAAGGAGUUCGCAGAGCUUCUCCAGGAGGUAGAGCUCGAGAGAUCAAUGAUGGUACAGAAUGCUAGUGAUUUGCUGAUCAAACCUUUGGAAAAUUUUCGGAAGGAGCAAAUAGGGUUCACCAAGGAAAGAAAGAAGAAGUUUGAGAAGGAUGGUGAGAAGUUUUAUUCCAUGCUGGAUCGCCAUUUGCACCUCUCCUCUAAAAAGAAGGAGUCUCAGUUACAGGAGGCUGACCUUCAGGUUGACAAAGAGAGGCACAAUUUCUUUGAGUCCUCCCUUGAGUAUGUGUACCAGAUCCAGGAAGUACAAGAGAGCAAGAAAUUCAGUAUUGUUGAACCGGUGCUGGCUUUUCUCCACAGCCUCUUUACAUACAACAACCUGACGGUUGAGCUCACGCAGGAUUUCCUCCCUUACAAGCAGCAGCUCCAGCUCAGCCUGCAGAAUACAAGGAACCACUUUUCCAGCACGCGGGAGGAGCUGGAAGACCUAAAGAAAAGGAUGAAGGAAGCCCCCCUGACGUGCAAGCUCCCUGGGCAGCCAACCAUCGAGGGCUAUCUGUACACUCAGGAGAAAUGGGCACUGGGCAUCUCCUGGGUGAAGUAUUAUUGCCAGUACGAAAAAGAGGCGAAAACCUUAAGAAUGACCCCCAUGGACCAGAAGCCUGGUGCUAAGCAGGGUACCUUGGACCUGACACUGAAAUCCUGUGUAAGGAGAAAGACUGACUCAAUAGACAAAAGGUUUUGUUUUGACAUUGAAACUAAUGAAAGGUCUGGGACCAUCACUCUGCAGGCACUCUCUGAAGCUAACCGAAGGCUGUGGAUGGAAGCCAUGGAUGGAAAGGAGCCGAUCUAUCACAGUCCCAUCACGAAGCAGGAAGAGAUGGAGCUGAAUGAGGUUGGCUUCAAGUUUGUGAGGAAGUGCAUCAAUGCUGUGGAGACAAAAGGAAUUUCUACAGAGGGCGUCUACCGAACUGUUGGCAGCAAUAUUCAGGUGCAGAAAUUGCUGAAUGCCUUUUUUGAUCCAAAAUGCCCAGGGGAUGUGGACCUCCAAAGCAGUGACUGGGACAUUAAGACCAUUACCAGCUCACUAAAGUUUUACCUCAGGAACCUGUCGGAGCCCGUCAUGACGUACAAGCUGCACAAGGAGUUGGUUCUGGCUGCCAAAUCUGAGAACCUGGACUACAGGCUGGGAGCCAUUCAUGCCCUGGUCUAUAAACUACCUGACAAGAACAGAGAGAUGUUAGAGCUCCUCAUACGACACCUAGUCAACGUGUGUGAGCACAGCCGAGAGAACCUGAUGUCACCAUCCAACAUGGGGGUGAUCUUCGGACCGACCCUCAUGCGGGCACAGGAGGACACCGUGGCAGCAAUGAUGAACAUCAAAUUCCAGAACAUCGUGGUUGAGAUUCUCAUCGAGCACUUUGGGAAGAUCUACUCGGGCCCCCCAGAAGACAGCGCUGCCCCCCCAGUGCCUCCCCCCAGGGUGGCUGCCCGGAGGCACAAACCCAUCACCAUUUCCAAACGCCCUCUGCGGGAACGACCUGUCUUCUUUGGGGCUUCUGUGGAAGGAAGUGGAGCAGACCAGCUCAGCCAGACCCCCAACGGCAGCAUCACCACGGAGGCCCCCAGACCCCUGCUGCGCAGCCGCAUGCCCGCACCCCGGCCUGGGGGGGAGGAACCGGGACGGCCGCCUGCCGAGCUGGAGGUGGGCAAGCUGGUGGCCAGGCUGCAGGACGGGGGUGCGAAGCUGCCUGGCAAGGCUGCCAAUGGUGUGGUGAGCAGCCCUGCCCUGCGCACCUCCACGCUCCACGCCAGGAGGCCUGCGCCCCGGCCGGGCGGCUGCGGCAGAGAUGGAGAGUACGAUGGUGUCCCCAAGCCACGGCCCCAUGGCGAUAAGCCUGUGAUAACACGUCCUCCUGUGAGACCUCCAGACCCACCUUGCAGGGCUCCCGUCCCACAGAAGCUGGAGCAGAGGCCGGAUCUGAUAGCAGGGACAGCAGAGGAAAUGCCUUCUUCAGUAGUGGCCUCCAGGACCAAGUUCUUCGAGACGGCAUCUCGAAGAACCGGCAGUUCUUCAUCACCACAAGGCAGGAUCCCAGGUGAUGAAAGCUGAGACAAAAGACAGUGCAACCAUCUCAGCCCAGCUAGACCAAGGAGAUGUUCUGUGCUUGUGAAAUAGAUGUGUCACAGCUAAGACUUUUCCAGUUCAAAUGACCUGGAGAGCAGCUAUCAUACUGGACGAUAAUUUUGUGCUGUCAGAAGUGGCUCAAGAAAUUAGAAGGAGGAGAUAAAAAUGGCAAGAAGGCCGUUACUACAUUUGUCUUGAACUGUUCCCAGUCCUUUCGCCAUCGCUUUCUGCCCAAGUGAGAAAUGCUCACCAGGCACCUCUGCAGGUGGCAGCAGUGCUGGGUGAGCACCAACAGCAGCACAGCCAGGCUGUGAAAAGGACAGCAGAGCAGAGAGCUCUGUGCACCUCCACGCGUUUUGGGACUUAACCUCAGUGAAGGGUGACCUUGGACAGAUGUCGCAAAGUUCAAUAUGCUGAUUCCCAGUGCUUGGGUGCUGGGGAAGAAUGACUGGAAGCUGCGUCCUUGCCACGAGAGACUCAUCCCAUACUCUGCGUUCUCCUCACUUACGAAGCACUGGUGUGCUUUUCCACGUGCAUUGCUGGUGGCACUGCUUGCACUGGGGCUGGCAGGGCAGCAGCAAACUGGAGGGGAGCGGGGGGACGCAGCCCUGCUCCGUCUGCAAAUCUGCAACUGGAACUGCUCCUCACAGACCCAGCAGAAGUCUCAGUGCCCAUGGUUAUUCUGCUGGGCCAGCACAGGUGGGGAGAACUGAAACUCCAGAAAUAUGGGUCAAUGCCUGAAGUUUUUCUAAGAGGAACACAGUUUCUUGUUUGCUUGUUACAUUAAUUUACGAUCCAAGAGAUCUCCGGUCUCUUUCCCUCAGCAGCAGUAUUGUAUUGAUGCCUCUGGUCUGGAAGGGGAGCACAUUUCUCCAUGCCAGGACCUGUCCCAGUGCUGCAUAGAGGUCUGUGGCUCCAGACAGCGUCAGGGCUCAGUGCUGAGCUGUAGCAUUUCCCUGUAGAUAGGCAAUGAACACUUCCCUGCUUUCUGUCACCAGUCUAAAGGCAGCUUCUUUCUUUUCAGUGACUUUCCUUGGGUGCUGGGAGCGUUCCCAGAACAGGCACCAAACAUUCCCGUUUGUUCUCCAGCCCUCCAUCCCCCCAGGUCCGACACGGCUGGACAGGCAGAGGCUGCAGCAGUGCUCUGCGGUGUGCAGGUGCUUUCCUUCUGUGUGCCUCUGCCUGCUGCCUUACCGAAUGUGAUGAGUGCUGUGCUGAUGGUGCUUCCACCCCCAUGGGCUUCAGCGCUGCCCCAGCUGCUCACUCCUGUGCUCGUACCCUGAGCAGUGGCACGUAGCAGUGGCUUUAGAGAAAGGCGUAGUGUCACCACUUUGACUACAUUGCGUGCAGCAGCAUCUCAGGGCUUCUCCACGCUAAGCUGAGCCCUCUGCUGCACCCUCUCAUGAGCAGACAAGAAGUGAACAGCAUCAAACUGGAGUGCAUUGUGUUUCUGGCUGCACGUCCCCCAGAGCUCAGCAUUGAGUGCCCAGUGUGGCAGUGCUCCCUGGGAACAGGCAGCUCUGUCACAGCUGUGGUGUCACCCAGCAGUGUCAGCCCAGCACCUCCUCCCCACUUCCAGCAGUGCCUUCUGAUCUGGGCACUUCUGAGGCAGUGGGCUGUGGGCAGGUUGGCUCAGUGUGCAGCUUCUGUUCUGCACUGGGUGCUGAGCGGCACCACGGGGACCGGCCCUGUGAGAGACGGCAGCUGUCGGUUCUCCUGUCCCUGUGCUCGUGAACAAACCCAGUGCUGUGCAGAUGGCACAGAUGUCUGUGGGACAGCGGUGGAGUCUGAAAAAACAAAGCCGAGUCUUGUUUUCAUCCUCAGCGUUGUAAGCGGGGAGGCAGCAGCACAGUAAGAACAGGUUCCAGUGUCCUUGUAAAUGUGUUUGUGACACGUCUGUGCUGUGGCUUCUUCCUCAUCAGCACGGCGGAGCCCUGGGGUCUCUGCUGGGCUGGGAGGCACAGCCCCUACCCUGUGCUGUGCGACCCCGGGCCGUCAGCCCUGCAGCCAUUUGGCCACAUAGCGGCGUAGAGCACUUCCACGUUUAUAAAGUUUCCAUGAGGUUCAA